AAAGUCAAACUGACACAUGUGUGAAGGUUAUAAGUUUAAUGUAAACAAAAAAGUUAAAACAUCCAUUUUCAUAUAAAAAUUUGAAACGAUGCCACCAGGAAAAAGAGGCGGUAUUCGAGGCAAGCGUUCCAACCAUCAUGUCGAACGAAAUUAUGCUGAAAGACUAAAGGAUCUCAGCGUACACUCAUCAGAAGACAGCGAUUCAGAAAGUUCAAACGGUACAGAUUCUUCCAAUAAUUCUGAUGACGAAGGUAUCCAAGCUAAUUUCUCUAUUAGCAUGUGGGAUUUAAAUCACUGUGAUCCUAAAAAGUGCUCUGGAAGAAAAUUGUUAAGGCAUAACCUAAUAAAAAACUUAAAACUUGGACAGAGAUUUCCGGGCCUUGUAUUAUCACCAGUUGGCAGUCAAUGUGUAAGCCCGAAUGACAAAAAUAUCAUUGAAAAAUAUGGUCUUGCAGUGAUUGAUUGUUCAUGGGCGAAAAUUGAUGAAACACCGUUUGGUCGAAUGAAAUCUCCGCAUCCAAGACUUCUACCAUUUUUAGUAGCAGCAAAUCCAAUAAAUUAUGGCAAACCUUACCAACUCAGCUGUGUAGAGGCUUUGGCUGCAGCUUUGUUUAUUACUGGCCAUAAACAAGAAGCUAAAUUUUAUUUGUCUAAAUUUUCAUGGGGUCAUUCAUUUUUAGAAUUAAAUUCGGAUGUUUUAAAUCUUUAUAGUGCUUGCACUGACAGCAAAAGUGUUUUAGAAGCUCAGAACAAAUUUUUAGAGAGUGUGGGUAAAGAAAAUGAAGAUUCCAGACCAAUGUGGCCGCCCAGUGACUCCGACAGUGACUCCGACAGUGAAUGUGAAGAUGACGUCACUAAGUGACAUCUAAUAAAAAAGAUAUGAAAAAUAUUAAAAUCAU